CACCAGCGAAACGCGCAGCCUGCGAUCCAGCAGCUUCAUGGGUGAAGGUCUCAACCGCGCCGCCCAGCUGCCUUUGGACGGUCUUCAGCUGGGCCGCAGCCGCAGCCGGACCUGGACCCCGCAGCAUCGACGAAGCUCGGGCGUUUUUUCCAAUCGACGCCUCGAUGAAUGGCUGUUUCCCAUCGAAGACGAAGAGGCGUACGCAACAUGGGUCUCAGGGCCCCGGCAGCAGUGGCUACAAAGUGUUCAGCGUUACGGAGGCUUUCGCGGAUGGCUGCUGGAGGGACUCGAGCUGCGAGGCAUGGAUGACAAGAACUACCUACUGGGCCUCCGCUGGCUCUCUGGAGUGGCUUUGCCACACAGUGCGCAAGCAGAGUGGGCACAGAGAAAGACCAUUGCGGAGGAGAUCGAGAAAGAUGUGCCACGCACCUUUCCAGGCCAUCCCUGCGAAGCGGCCUUGGCCCGGUCCUCCCGCGACAUUCUGCGGAUGCUGUGCUGUGCCCGCAACGUCACCGUGGGCUACACGCAGGGCCUGAAUUUCACCGCGGCGGUGUUGAGUUGCACCAUGGGCCGUGACGAGGCCUUCUGGUGCCUCACAGCCUUAGCCGAGUCGGUGGCGGCGCACUUUGUGUCCGGGAACAUGCUCCAGGGCGCGGUCGCCGAUUGUGAAUGCAUUGAUUGGUUGGCCUCGCAGUUGGAGCCGAAGCUCUUUGCUUUGUGCCGUAGCUCCGAGGGAUAUUCUUCGGUCAUCUUUGCACGGCCUCUAUGCACGCUGCUCUCAUGCUGCGGAUUGCCCGUUGAUGCCACUCUGCAAUGUUGGCGGGCCAUUCUUCAUUCCAGCAACCCGAGAAUCUUCCUGCUCCGCACCCUGGCCGCCUUCGUCCUACAGACCGCAGCACGGCUGCCGGCCGCUUCAAGCGGUGCCUCGCUGGAGCUCCCAGAGUUGAUGGAGGCCUUGCAGAAGACCUUCCAACAGACCUACGAUGCGCAGGUGGUGCUCUCAGCGGCCGCUGCCAGUGUUGAAAUCUUACCAGACUCCACACUUUCGAAGAAGUUGGAGGAGAUCGAGCAGCGGCUGCAGCAGUCGGCGGCCGAGUCGCAUCAGCGAAGGCAGAUGGAGAACCAAAAACUGCAGGAAAAAAGGCUGAAACAGCUGGUCUUGGAGGACAGAAGCGCAAGGCAAAGCUUGUUGCGUGAAAUGCAAUUAUUGUGGCGACAUGAGCGGCAUCGAGAUGUGUCACAGCUGGACUUCUUGAUGCUUCUGGCAGCAGAUCACCUGGACGUGAUCGGGGUGAAGAGCUCGACCUGGGAGGCGUUUCUCUCCACGGUUUUCGUGGAUCUUGAUUCCUCCCAUUCUGGCAUGGUGCUGCUGAAGCAUGCCCUCAUUGCGGUGGCCCUUCUGUUGGGCGAGACACCGCUGGAGAGGGUUUCUGCGAUCUUCUCAAUGUUGGAGAUCGAGAGCCUCUGCUUGCGUGAUGACUUUUUGGAGUUGGCGGAGGCGACGGGGCAAGAAAACUCGGCCAGUGAAUGGCUGGUCGCCAAUGGAAUUACGGAGAACCUGAACCAGAAUGUUUUCAUCAAGGCGUUGCUGGCACUUCCUUCCUUGGCACUGGCGACUUUAUCGACUUUAGACUCCAAACCCGGAAACGCGGGAAGUUUCAGUAUCUCCUUCACAUCUUCCUCGGGCACCUUGCUACCGGUGGCUCCAAAGUGGGUCCCAGACGAGCAGCAGGUGGCUUGCCAACUCUGUUCAACAUCCUUCACGUGUUGUCGCCGGCGGCAUCACUGUCGCGCCUGUGGGCGACGGACAUGUCGCCAGUGUAGUGGUCAGCGGCUGGCAUUGGCGAUCAUCGGAUAUCCGAAUCCCGUGCGAGUCUGCGAUGAAUGUUUCUUCGUGCUGAGUCCAGCCGAGCUGGACAUGGCAAAUUGUCAGCGCUUCACGCUAUCAAGGCUAAGUCCUAGUGCUGCGCCGCUCGAACGGUUGAAGGCGCUGUUGAACUGUGAGGAGCCCCGCACAGUGCAACUGGCUGCGGUGGGGCAUCCGCUGUUGGUCUUUGGAACUUUGGAGGGUGCACUGCAGCUGCAAUGCUCAAGUGAGAAGCGAGUGAUGAGAAGAAGCCCUUCGUUGGCUUCCAUUGUGCUAUCUAUUUUCCUGCUGUACACCCUUCCCCGCACAUUUUCUGGUGUUACCACGCAGCCACUCACUUCAAGCAGAAGGUCUGCAAUGGCGCUGUCCGUGAGCUUUUCCCACGUGCACAUCUACUGUGACUCAUUGAAGGACCUCUCUGAGUACAAGACUUUGGAGGAGAAACUGAACAGCUUCAGCUCCAAGCAUUCCAAGCCUAGCCACGACCUGGAGCUUGGCCGGAAAGCUUGGAGCGACGUUUGGGAUGGACAUCCUGUGAUUGGGCAUAAAGAUCCGACACAGUUCAAGGGCCAUCAGCAAGAUGUCGUUGAGCAAAUGUUGGUCGGUCUUGGUUGGCGCAUCACCGGGCACUGUGACACCGCGGACACCCGAACCGUGGCCAUCACAAGCCGAGAUGCCCAGGGCGUGAGGUUCGUCAUCACAGCUCACAAGGAGCUGAAGAUGGCAGAUUUGGCGUCUGAUUCACAUCCCGCAGCCAAGCGACACAAGUCCGGUCAGGAGCCGUGCCACGCCCUAGCGGCCUCCAACUUGCAGCGCUUCUCCGAACAUCGCGCAGGGCGACAAGGCAUUGCAGUGCUUGGCUUCAGGGUGAAAUCGGGGGAGCUUGAUCACAUCGUAGAGAAGUACAAGGAGAAACAUCCCAAGCUGCUGGCCACUGAGCCCAAGGACUAUCCAGGAGCUCGCAUCUUAGAGGUCUUCGCCUAUUACCAGGGUGAAACUGGCAGUAGCGAUGCUGACCAGGGCACCUUGCUCCGCUUCGUGGAGGAGAAGGAUGCGUCCAACUUUUGGGUUCUGCCUGGUAUCCAGCCUGUGGAGGCCACCUUUGAUCAAGUGAGUCUGCCUGCCUAUUGCGACCACUGGGUCUCCAACGUGGUCAGCCGACGAGGCUUCCUUGAUACCUUGGAGGACACCCUGGGCUUCACCCCCAAGGUGGACUUCAACGCGGGCGUCGUGGCGGCCGGUGAGGCGCAGAUCGAAUCCACCGUGACGGGCAACGCGCCGGAGACCUUCAUCCCAGACGCCAAGGUGGCGUUGAAGGAUCAGAGCCAAGUGUACCUGCCCAUCAACAACGCCCUAUCUGAAGUGGGUCACGUGCAUUUGUACCUCAAGGAAGUCGGUCAAGGUGUUCAGCACAUCGCCUCGAGAGUUGAGGAUUUGCCCAGCUUGGUGCAGAGAGCCAAUGACAUGCGAAAGAUGACUGGCGCCGGCUUGUCGUUUUUGUCCAUCCCCAGAUCUUACUAUGGCAGCCUCACUGCCAGGUAUCUCUGCAAGGCAGGCGUGGACUUGGCCACGGCCGAGAAGGUGCUGGCCGCGCUGAAGUCGGCAGAGGUGGUGGAUGCCAAUGACAUCGUGGACCUCGAGGCUUCAAAGGAGAAGAUUCAGGCAGCAUUGCCAGCAGAGAACAAGGGGCUGCUGGACCACGUCUUGCGGGCUCGAUAUGGUAACCUGUAUGCCUUGUUGCGAGAGCACGUGAGCGAGGAGACUUACCUGCGCAUUGUGAGAAACAAUGUCUUGGUCGAUGUCCAGGGGGAGGACCUGUUGCUUCAGAUCUUCACCAGCAGCAUCCUGCAGCGGCAAGCAGGGGAGGAGGCGCCCUUCCUGGAGUUUAUCCAGCGCGUCUGCUCUGAGCGGAAUGAUCCAGCCACUGGGAAGCCAAAGGCCAUCAAAGCUGGCUGCGGUGGUUUCGGCAUCCGCAACUUCCUGACGCUCUUCCUCUCCAUUGAGGUGUCCAAGGCCACAAAGGCCAGAGGUGAAGCAGAAGCAGCUGGGAAGAUGGACCUGGCAAGGUACUAUGGCAAUAUGGUGAAUACCUUCACCUCACAGCUGGAGGAAUCCAACCCUGUGCUCACGGCCAUCUCAGAUGCCAUGACAGCGGAGGGAGAUGCCCUGGAUGCCGGCGACCAGAAGACCGCAGCCAAAUAUGCUGAGGAGAAGGCCAAAGGCCAAGAGCGAUUGCAGGAGAUCAGCAGCAAGUACAAGCAGCUCAUGCGGCAACUCCGGGAAGAAAUGCCAGAAAUGGCGUAA